AUGGUGCAGGGGGAGGAGGAGGAGACCCCAGCGAGCGUCUUCCCGGAGGACGUUCUCGUCGAGAUCCUGUCGCGGGUGCCCUACGUCUCGCUCUUCCACUUCAAGUGCGUGUCCAAACAAUGGCUCGCCCUCUGCUCCGAUCCCGAUGUCCGCAAGAGGUCGCCCAAGACCUUGUCUGGCUUCUUCUACUUCAAUUUCGGCUGGCAUUUCCAGAAUUUGUCCGGUAAAGAUCCUCCCAUCGUCGACCCCAAUCUCCGGUUCCUACGCAGCAGCUAUAAAUUUUUCAGCAUCCAACAGUGCAGCACCAGCCUUCUCCUUUGCAAAUGCUGGAGAUCCCGCCAUCCUAGCCAACACAGUUGGAAUUCUGUCCCGAAUCCAGGGCCCAGGCAAUGUUUCAAAUGGCCUGAGGCUAAGGAGUUUGAUUAUGUUGUCUGCAAUCCUGCAACUCAGGAGUGGACUGUGUUGCCUCCUAUAGAAUUGCCUGACCACCUUUCGGAUUACCGCCUAGGCAAAUACUUCUUGAGCUUUGACCCGGCCACCCCAUCCCGCUUUGUGGUGUUUGUGCCCCUGGACACAUAUUAUGAAUAUGGCCUGUCCGCGGCCAUGAUCUACUCAUCGGAAACUGGAGGGUGGGCUUUCAUGCAGAGUCAGCACAAUGAUAGCAGUGCAUAUUGGGUUAGUGAUUCAGAAAGCACCUUCCUAAAUGGCAUUAUGCAUUUCCCUAGUCCCUACUCGAUCUUCGUCGACAAUAGUCAUAGUGGACAUGAAAAGGAAUGCUUGGGGGAAAUUGAAAUGCCGCCUGGCAUGCCAAACAACUAUGGUCGUGCUUCCAUUGGGCAGUCACAUGGACGCCUGCAUGUUUGGGAAGAGGGUCGAGAUGGUUGCCAACUCUCUAUUUGGGUUCUUGAGAAUUAUGAUAGUGGACAGUGGACCCUAAAGUGUAAUGUUAACUGCUUUGAACUGUUUGGAAGGGAUUGUUGCAAAAACGAUCAGUACUACUCGAUGUUUGCAAUUCAUCCAGAAUGUGAUUUGAUUUUCCUUACUGACAAUAAGGAGAAGGCAUUGUCAUAUGAUAUGGAUAAUCAGGAAGUGCAUAUUAUCUGUGCUACUGGAGAUUUCUUGGAAGGUCUGCCUUACACUCCGUCUUUUGCGGAAUGGACAUCAGAUGGUCACUAA